CUCGGAAAUAGUACAUUCUGCACUCUGAUUGCUAAUCCAAACUUACAAGUCCUGAAGCCUGGUAUCUACUAAUUAUUCCUCCUAUGGUUGACCAAAAACUAGUAUUCGUGCACGAUGAUGUUUUCCUCGCUUCUCAUUCUGAUGGUCGUACGUAUAGGAGUACUGGAUUGACUAGUUCAUAUCUGCGUGUAGUCAAGUUGUACCUAAAUUUAAUUACAUAUAAGACUGACAUAGCUAUUUGCCUUUGCAAAUACAGAUACUCUGUGCUCUGUUGAGGAGAGAAAGGUGUACACCACAUAUAACG